AUGCCUGUCGAAGCUGAGGUGUUGCCUCAACCCACACGUUUACCACCUGAUGAAGCACUUGCCGUUAUAUGGGGACUCCUACGGUAUAUUAUUGUUUUCCUGGUUAUUGUAUUUGGAGUAAUUCCAAUUUUAUGUGGGGCGGUAUUUCCACCAUUUUCUGCCCUCUGGGAUGUGUUUUCUGCUAUAUCUCCGUAUGCUUGGGGAUCCGUUGGAAUAGGUAUCGGUAUCGCUCUCUCCAUUAUUGGCGCUGCAUGGGGAAUCCUAACCACAGCUGCCUCUAUCAGCGGGGCUGCUAUUCGUGCCCCUGAAAUACGCAGUAAAAACCUUAUAUCGAUCAUUUUUUGUGAGGCCGUGGCGAUAUACGGUGUUAUCUUGUCUAUUAUUAUGAUGGGAAAAAUGGAGACAAAUGGUAAUGCGAUAGAUGAAAACGGAAAGUAUUCUUAUAAAGCGGCCAUUGCAGGAUUUACACUUUUUGCGGCUGGUUUGGCUGUUGGUAUUGGCAACAUGUCCUGUGGUAUUGCGGUUGGAGUGGUUGGAAGCAGCUGCGCUAUUGCUGAUGCGCACAGUAGUACCUUAUUUGUGAAGGUUCUCGUAAUUGAGAUUUUUGCAUCCGCCCUUGGUAUCUUUGCCGUAAUAGUUGGUAUUUUAAUGUCUCAGAAGGCAUCAAUGAUAUAG